CUCUCUCUCUCUCUCUCUCUCUCUCUCUCUCUCUCUCUCUCUCUCUCUCUCUUCCCGUGCCCAAGCGAAGCUUGCGGGUUAUCUAUUUAUCUCUUCUUUAUUCCUGUCCUGCGUGCGGUUGCCUUGCUAUCGAUCGGCAACUGAUUAAGUUUGGAGAGAGAGAGAGAGAGAGUGAGAGUUCAAGGUCACGUUUUCUUCAGGAGAGAGAGGGAGAGUUCAAGGUCACGUUUUCUUCAGGAGACGACCACCUCUGGUUCUUCUUGUGACUCAUUGCGUCAUGGCGUGUUUGGUUCUGUGAUGAGCCAAAUUUUGGCUGUUAGAUGGAAAUUUAGCCUCCAUUUUGGUUUUAGUUUAAAAUUUGGCUGUUCUCGGAAAAGAUUGGUGUCACAAAUUCUUAUGUUGCAGACUUGAACAAAAUUUGGGCGGCCCCAAAUUUGGCUGGCCAUAAUUUUGGCUUUGAUCACAACCUUGCCCCAGUUUUGAUACUGCCUUAAUAACAUUAGUUACGGUCAAUAUAAUAGCCUUACACAAACUAGCCAGAUUUCUCAUUCACUUCCAUCCCCACUGCCCGCUGACUGACAAAUUAGUGGUAGGUCACAGAAAUGACUGGCACUGAAACUCAUAUUUGAUAGCCAUCCAGCAUGCAUAUUCAUUGCACAGCGGUCAUCAUCAGUCAGUAUACUGGGUGCCAGCAGGCUGUAAAAAGACUGCCUCUUGCUUGAAGGAACAUAUAUAAUGCUCUAAAUUGUUGUACAACUCUGAACUGAAUUGCGUACCGCCACAUUAUAAGUGUAGGUUCAUUGCUGUAUGCUCCAUCUUCAACCUGCUGAGACAUGCUUCAGGGGCUAUUUUGAACUUUCAAUUCUUGAUAUACAUGUCAUAUUUCUUACGGUUGCGGAUAUUGCAUAUAAAUACUACUGUGAGGUGGAAACCUGGAACUAAGUCGACCCGAUCGAUCAAAUUGUUACUAAUUACUCGACAGAAUUGAAGUCUAUGAUACGGGAUUUUCUAUAUCACACAUGCCUUUCACUUUGCUAAACCGGCAGGUGCUACUGAUUGCCAUGGAAACAUACACCACGGAUGAUGCACUGACAGCCAUGGGGUUUGGGAGGUUCCAAGCGCUUGUUCUUGUGUACGCGGGGACGGGUUGGCUCACGGAUGCCAUGGAGCUCAUGCUGUUGUCGUUCCUUGGACCAUUGGUGCGGCAACAGUGGAAUGUUUCUCCUCAGCAUGAGAGCCUGCUCUCAAGUGUUGUCUUUGCUGGCAUGCUGAUAGGAGCCUGUGCCUGGGGCUUCCUCUCCGACAAAUAUGGAAGAAGGACUGCUUUAUUGUUUUCAAUUCUUCUUACUACAGGAGCAGGACUUUUAAGUGCUUUAUCUCCUAACUACAUAUCCCUGCUGGCUCUUCGGUUUCUCGUCGGCGUAGGAGUGGGUGGCGCACAUGUGUUUUCAUCUUGGUUUUUGGAGUUUGUUCCUGCAAAAAAUCGUGGAGCUUGGAUGAUUGUUUUUUCCUUCUUUUGGACUAUCGGCACAAUCUUGGAGGCUUCACUUGCAUGGGUUGUCAUAGAGAAGUUGAGUUGGAGAUGGUUGCUGGCAUUCACCGCCCUUCCAUGCUUUCUUUUGCUUCUUUUCUUUGCCAUUACACCUGAGUCACCACGCUAUCUUUGUGUACAAAAUAGAAUGUCCAAGGCGACGCUUGUUCUGGAAAGAAUGGCCAAAGCAAAUAAAGUAGCUCUUCCUCCGGGAGUUCUCACAUACCAUAGAGAUACACAAACUGACCACAUCAUGCUUACUUCUGAGGAUGACCACCUUCAUGUCAGAGAGAAUGAAUGUACAGUUGGCAAUGCCAUGAGCUCCAAACCUGGUGGUAUUCCUGCACUGCGAAUGCUAUUAUCGCGUAAAUUGGUCAGAUCAACUCUUCUUAUUUGGUUUGUUUGGUUCGCAAAUUCCUUCGCUUAUUACGGGCUAGUAUUGUUAACAUCGCAGCUGAGUGAUGCAAACAGAAGAUGCGCAUCUGGUAAAAAAAUUGAGGCUCACCAAAAAGAUGUCAAUCUUUACAAAGAUGUUUUUAUCACUAGUUUAGCAGAGUUUCCAGGCUUAAUUAUUUCUGCUGUUAUUGUUGAUUGGUUUGGCCGGAAAGCUACAAUGUGGAUCAUGAUGUUUGCAUGCUGUUCUUUCCUUGGACCACUCGUGGUUCAUCAGAAUGAGUCGUUGACAACGGCUCUUCUAUUCGGUGCUCGCGCCUGUGGCAUGGGUAGCUCUACAGUUUUAUGUUUAUAUGCUCCAGAGGUGUACCCAACAUCAGCGCGUUCAACGGGUGUUGGAAUUGCUACCGCCAUUGGUAAAAUUGGUGGGAUCGUUUGCCCUCUUAUCGCAGUCGGCAUGCUGCGGAGCUGCCACCAGAUGGAAGCCGUUGUGGUCUUUGAGCUGGUGCUAGGCCUCGCCGGAGUUGCCUGCAUUCUCUUCCCUGUGGAGACCAAGGGCCGCGAAAUGAAGUGAUAGUGUCAAAUCAAAACACGUUUGGUUGCCUGUGUAAGGAAAAAACUGCAUUGUUGUGUGCAUUGGUUGCUUAUGUUUGGCUGGCCAAACCCAUGGUGCUGUGUUGUCACCUUAGGGUGCCCAGGCAACCAAUCACACUCUAUGUACAUAGAAUUUAAUUGGAUAUCUAUCGGGACAGAACUACCAAAUCCACACCGUUUGUGUAUUGUACGUUAGUGAUUGUAUAUAAUCACUAGUUGGUGUGCA